AGGGCUAGAUCAGAGAAACCUAGAGGAUUUCAUAUAUUUAGGGUUAUUACCUGGUAUGAGAGUGAAGCCAGUAGUUUUUUCAAUGUCGAUAUCGAUUCACUUCGAUCAUCAUGCAAUUUUCCACAUGGCACUAUUUUUAGAGUUCUUGGGUUAAAUUUGAGGGAAGACUUUCUUUCUUCGUCUUGGGUUUGUUUCUAUGAGUUUCCUUUUACCAUCAGUCGUUCAUUCCUUUUCCCUUCAUUGAUUUCAUAAUUUUUCAAGUCACGAAACUUGCUUAUGCCCAAGUCACGACAGCCGCUUCGUGUAUUUUGUUAUGGAUUUAUCAUCUCAAUGAGUCUGAGGUUUAGAUUUUGGAUUGUCUGAAAUAGCGAGUGUCUAUAAUCUCUAAACUUUUGGUUAUUCUUGUGUGGUUCUCAAAGUGAAGACUAGUAAAUCUUAUCUAUUCUUAAAAAGUCCUCCUACAUAUCAUGACUGGAAAUGGAGAUACUAUUUUUUUUUUGUUAAGACUAGUUCUCUUGGCUAAUAUCUUUCUUCUCAAGAUUGGCUGAUUGAGGUUCCAAGGUUUGAUGAGCUCCGUCCUCCCCAAGAGGUUACCGAAGCAAAGAUCCAAGAAUUUCUAAAACUUCCAGCAGAAAAAAGAAGUUUUGGGGUGGUAGCUGAUUGUCUUUAUGAAGAUCUUAGUUCAUGCAUGGCAGUUAAUGAUUCUGAUCAUGUCUAUAGGCCCAAUAUUAACUCGAUCAGGUGUUGUUCUUAGCUCUUCUUUCAAUGUUGAUGAUUUUUUGUCUUCGAAGAUCAAAAUCCGAUCAACAUAUUCAGUUAUCUCAAAAAACCUCUCACUGUGUGUGAAGAAGAAGAAGAAGCAGAAGAUGCCUGAAUUCAUGAAAUCUAAAACAGUUCAAACAACACUAGCAGUAGCAGAUGCGCUUUCCUUUUACUGUGCGAUUACAAUAGUAGCACUCAUGCUCACCGGUGCUUUUAGAGAUGAUCAGAAUUUCAGUUAUUCUCUCAGCACCACCGCCGGAGGAGGAGGAAACAGGCUGCCGGUGCUGAACCGCCGGCCAUGUGAUGAGAUAUACGUGGUCGGAGAAGGAGAAACUCUUCACACCAUAAGCAAUAAGUGUGGAGACCCGUUUAUUGUGGAAAAAAACCCUCAUAUCCAUGAUCCCGAUGAUGUUUUCCCUGGCCUCGUCAUCAAGAUCACCCCUUCUUCUUCUUCUUAUGUAACAGAUGUGGAGAAUUGAUCAAUGAUAACAUAUAUACUAGUUCUUAUUAUCUUUUUUUUUU